CCGGUCGCAUCGAUACUUCAUCUCGUCGAGACCAAUAUAUACAAACCGAUAUCGAUCGUGAUCUAAGUAGUGAUUAAUUAGGCCGGGAGCCAUGGGAGGCGGGCACAACAUGCAGGGCGGCCACAACGGCGGCGUGAAGGGGCUGGUCUCCAAGCUCGUCGGCGGCGGCGGCCAUGGCAGUGGAGGCGGCCACGGUUACGAGAAAGGUUACGGUGGGCACGGUUAUCAGCAAGGUUACGGCGGCCACGGCUACGAGCAAGGGUACGGCGGCCACGGUUACGCGCAAGGGUACGGCGGCGCCGCCCACGGCGCGUACCCUCCGCCCCACGGCGCCUACCCCGGGCAGGGCUACGCCCCGGGCGCCUACCCCUCGUCCCACGGCGCGCCGCACGGUGGAGGGCACAUGGGGUCGUACCAAACCGGCCAUGGCGGCGGCGGCGGCGGGGGCCACUACGGCGGAAAGCACCAGGGCGGCAAGUGGAAGUGAAGCGGCCGGUGCAGUGGCCGCUCGCUCUCUACGUACGUACGUACGCACCAGCUUCUGUACUGCAAGAAAUAAAUAAAGUGCAGGCAGACAGACGGACAGAUCUGUGUGUAGUACAGUACGUACGUGAGCUUGUAGCUGAUGGCUUGUUAAAACAGGUGGUGAGUCGUGACGUAUACUUUGAGUGUGUACUUAUCUAGUGUACUUAACUGGCUUGUGUGUACCAAAAUACUCUCGUGCUGUAUGCCUGUAUAAGUCAGUGAGAGCAAUAUACAGUCAGUAACUUGAGAAUUAUGUGCCAACGCGGGAGAUGAAAGAAGAGGAGAACAGACGAAUGUGCUGCUUUUAAGCAAUAAAGAUGUAUAAGAUUUAUGAAUUGGAAGUUUUUUCAGUUCAUUAU